AUGGCUGCAACGCCCAAUCUGAGGAUCCCAGCUUCCGAUGCGACCGUCCAGGUCAGCAUCAUCAAUCCUGGAGCCAGGAUCCGCCUGCCUGUGUCUGGAUUCGUGCAGCCGGCAAUUGAAGGCCAUACUCAUUUGGAUGCCCCUGCGUAUUCCUUCCUGAUUGAACAUGCUCAAGGGAAAUUCCUCUUCGACCUGUCCAUGCGCAAAGACUGGGAAAAUCUCGCACCGCCGAUCGUAAACCAAGCAAAGGACGUAGACAGCGGUGCGCUGGUUGAGGUGGAUAAAGAUGUGAUCGACGUCCUGGAGGAGAACGGAAUCAAAGGAUCAGAGAUCAAGUCUGUGAUCUGGAGCCACUGGCACUGUGACCACAUCGGGAACAUGUCUCGCUUCCCCAGCUCGACUAAAAUUGUAGUCGGCGCGGGCUUUCUGGAAAAGCUCACUCCAGGGUAUCCUGUGAACCCCAACAGCUUGCUUCUUGAAUCAGACUACCAAGGCCGAGAGGUUCAAGAAAUUGACUUCUCAACCCACCCCAACCGCCUUCAACUCGGCCCCUUCAACGCCGUUGACUUCUUCGGCGACGGCAGUUUCUACCUCCUCGAUACACCUGGCCACGCCAUCGGCCACAUCUGCGGGCUCGCGCGCACGACUCCCAACAGCUUCAUCCUCACCGGCGGCGACAUAGCCCACCACGGCGGAGAGUUUCGACCUUCUCCAUUCCUCCCUCUCCCCGAACAGGUUGCCCCGUCACCCUUCUCCAGCCCGCCCUUCCAGCUCGGAACCUUCUGCCCUGGCGCACUGAUCGAAGCGAAGAUACACCCGCAGCAAACGGAAGGCCGAACGACGCCAUUCUACAAAUUGGCACCGACGGGCGUGCCGGACCACGACCUGGAGACGGCGCAGAAGUCGGCGGAGCAGCUGGGAGAGUUUGAUGGGGAUGACGAUGUGUUUGUGAUUAUCGCGCAUGAUGCGAAGUUGAAGGACAUUGUGGAUUUCUAUCCGAAGACGGCGAAUGCGUGGAAGGAGAAGGGUUGGAAGGGUGUCGGGCUGUGGAGGUUCUUGGAGGAUUUUGCGGGGGCGGUGAAGUCCGAGGCUGAUGCGUGCCAGAAGUUGUAG